AUGAAGAGUGUUGACGAGAUCUACUGCAUGAUGCGCCGUGUGCGUACUGCAAAGGCGUACGUGGGUUGGAGAGGAGACUUUGUCAACGUGACUGAUAGAGAUGAGAUUCUUGCGAGGCAGAAGCAGCAGCUGAAACCGCACUGGCCUUUCGUCUCCUACUUCCGUCGCCCAACCAACCAACUCCGAAAUCGCCUCUAUCUAUUCAAACAUUCGAAACCGAAUGAUUUCAUUUAUGUCUCAGGUCAUCUAAGUUCUUACACAAAGAAUGAUCCCAAUGGGAGCUGCAGUCUGUACCAUGAGUUAGUUGUGAAGGAGUUGAAUUACGUGACACGACAGGGACAAGGACCGAGGCCCGAAAAUCUUGAGAAACCACAAUCUAAUGGAGGUGAAACUGGUUUGGAGAAGCAUAGGGAACGCCUUCACUUAUGGCAAGUUUUUUUUGCCAAUCCAUAUGAUUGGUGGGAUAACAGGAAGAAAAAGUUGAAUCCAAGACAACCAGAUUUUAAGCACAAACAUAUGGAUGAAGCUCUCUGGCUGAGCCCAAAUGAUCCUCCAUGGGUUAAAACACAAAUUGAUUGGCUUGACGCAAGAAUGGCAGAACAAGGCCAUGGUGAACAGGGUGGUCAUCAUCGUAUCUCCAAGUGGGAGUAUGAUGAGUAGGAGUGAAAUGUAAAGGAAUAGGUUGUGGGAUUGGAGUUUAUAUGCUUGCAAGUGCU